GAGUUUUUCUAUGCCUCGAAUGCUCCAGAACUGCUAAUAGCUACCAUCUCAUUCAUGUCUCUUCUAUCUUGCCCGCGCCUGCUCUUACGGGCGGGCCAGCGACUACAGCCUCUUUUAUUGUCACGACACUCUAGCUCCUUGAAAGAGCCGCCCAGCAUUGAUACACCCAGCAUUGAUAUACCUAGCACCUCCAGUCUGGUCAAAGAUAAUGUGAUGUCCUCGGGCGAAGGUCUACUUCCCGACAAGUCUAACUCCCCGAGCGUACUUAAUGGUCAACUUACACAGCCAUCCGGGUCGCCUGAGCUCCCAGUGACUAAUUGGGAACAGCGCUUGAACGGUCUCAGUGGUAAGGCACGGCUACCACGAAGCGUUCAAGCAGUAUAUCUGCGGCCGCUUCGUAGAAAGGCCGAACAUGGCCUCCCAGUGUGUGAUUUGCAAUUGAGGUCCUACAGUGUACGAAAUGUUGAGUUUUUCUCUGAUUUCGCUAUACGCGCGGCGUAUUACUUGGGCCUUCCUGCCUCUGGGCCUGUGCCUUUACCACGUAUUGUCGAACGUUGGACAGUACCUCGAAGCAACUUCGUUCACAAGAAGAGCCAAGAGAAUUUCGAGCGUAUAACACUUCGUCGGCUAAUUCAGAUAAAAGAUGGUAAUCCUGAGACCGUUCAGGCAUGGCUGGCUUUUCUCAGGAAAUAUGCUUUUCAUGGAGUUGGUAUGAAAGCGAACAUUUGGGAGUAUGAUAGUCUUGAUGUCGCCGAGAACCUGGAUAAGACCGGUGAAGAAACGGAAAGGUCACUUGAAGGACUGUUUUCAUACUUCGGUCAAAGGGAAGAUACGAGGUCCGAUCGUUCGCUUACUGACAUGUUGGAUAAGAACCAUCUGGUCACGACGAAAAGUCCCUUGUCAGAGGUCGGCAGUCGGUAAUAAGUCAUGGAUACUUACACAUAAGUUACCAUGUAUGAUCUAUAUCAUUAGUCCUUGUCUUUUUCACAUGCUCAACCCUAGCGGCCUCAGAGAACCUCUUGUUCCAGGUCAUUGCAUGAUGAUUCAUCUCGUUCUGCCUGUAAACAACUGUCGCAAAUAUGAAUGACAAUACAACAUCGUUUUGUUGUGUCCGUUGCCUGUAUUUAUAUCGGGUCAUCCGACCCGCACUCGUUCUAAUUGAU